AUGAUUAAUGUCUUUAAACCAUCGCUACAUGCGAGAGAGACAUACAACAAUAAUUCCAUCGAUUCAUCCUAUUCAUCUUCAGCAGCAGCAGCGUUAUUGCAAUACGAUGGGAACUCCAAUAGUACACCGGUGCUUCCUUUUAACUAUACCGUUGAGGGAUUAACUAGAGAUGUCUACCCAAAACCUUUGCAUUCACAUAAUGAUUAUUGGAGAGCACAUCCAUUAUUUGAUGCUUUAAGUGUUGGUGCCGUGAGUAUUGAGAGUGAUAUUUGGUAUUUUCCAAAAACGUAUACAUUACAACGUACAAGUACAGAGACUACCGCAGAGGGAGGAAAUAAAGUAAAUGCGACUACUAGUAAUGGAAGUUCCAAUGGCGGAGGCGAACCUUCAACUUUGUAUUUCAGGGAUGAUGAAGUAUAUGUUGGUCAUAACCAAGUGUUUUUACGUCCAAUCAAUACAUUGUUUAAUUUAUACUUGAAUCCCCUUUACCAAUUCCUAAGCUAUGCUAAUCCCAAGUUUACCUAUACUGAUGGCAGUGGUAACGCUUUGUUGGGUGACCAAAAUAAACAUAGCAUAUUCUACAAUGAUCCUGAGCAACAGGCUUAUCUUUGGUUUGAUUUUAAAACGGAACCCAACUCGACUUAUGAUGCAUUGAAACCGCUCUUGCAGCCAUUUAUUGAUGCUGGAUUCUUAACGUACUAUAAUGCUACUGAUGAUACUUUGCACGAGGGCCCGUUAGUGUUGACAAUCACUGGUAACUUACCCAUAGAGAAAGUUGAAGAAGAAGAAAUUCGCUAUACUUUUUUGGAUGGGCCCUUGGGUUAUUUCAACCUGUCUGCAAAUGAAAAUGAAUUACAGAGAUGGAGUAAAUUGUCACGUGUCGCCAGUGGCGGGAUCCAGGGUUUGUUGGGUGACGAAUACAACUCGACAUUGAGAAACGAUUUCAAUGAUGAUCAGCAAAGCAAGCUCCAAGAAUUGUUUGAUUCUGCUCACAAGCAUGGCUUAAAAACUAGAAUUUGGGGCGAUGUGACAUGGCCUUGGAACUUGGUGGAUCUGCAUUUGGAAACUUUGUUCCAACUUGGAUCCGAUUUGUUGAAUGUUGAUGACUUACAACGCGCAAGCAACUUGUUUCCCAAUUGA